CCACUAUGACCCUCACCAAGAAUUCUCUCCGCUCCUCCACUUCACUCCCCCGUUCUCUUCUCCUUUCGAUCUCAAUCCCCAAACCCUCUUCCCCUCCUGCUCCCCCGCGUUGCAAUCGUCCCAAAUCCCGUGGCCACCGGUCUCUCCGCUCUGAUUCCUCCGAGAUUGAUUCGCUGCUCAUUCCCUACCAAUUCCAGAGCCUGUUCUUACUCUCUCGGGGGUAAAAAAAUAGGUACUAGUAUAUUUAAACAAUCCAAUCUUGUUUUCAAGUCCUGUCUUUGUCCCGUCGUAGCUUCCAUCUCCAUUGCUCUGCGCUCGAGAUUGCUCCGUAGAGAGCUGGCCCGCCCGUGCGGGGUGGGUGCAGUAAAUGCGCGUCCUUGUGGAGAAUCCCAAGGUUCCCCGCCCCGAAUCUCGUCCUUGUUCCCCCGAGUUAAGAGGCGGAGGUGGUAAUUCUCGUACGCGCGCCAAUCUUUGCCGCGUUAGUGGAUGACGAGCGGAUCCUCCUGACUCUUCUUCUCGAGCUUGCCUCCCGCCCUGCCGGCUUUCUCACCACUCUUGAAAUCCUGGCGGAGCCGUGGUGCCCAUGGAUUUCCUCGUAUGCGUCUGCCUCCUCCAACUGCUGUUCUUGCGCUCUUCUCCGGUUGCGGCGCAGCAGCCGGCGAGGGCCCUGGACGCAAUGCUGCAGGAGUACGCGUACCGGGCCCUCGUCCGGCCGCGCACCGGCAUUGUCUACAAUGCCACCGUCCCCGGCAACCUCGCUGGCGUCUCGGUGUCCGCGCUCCGCCUGCGCAGCGGCAGCCUCCGGAGGAAAGGUUUGUCCCAGUACUUCCAGUUCGGCCUGCCCACCGGCGUCAUCGCGCAGCGGCGCGUGGAGAGGAUGGUGCUCGUGUACCACGACCUGGGCAAUUGGUCGCAGCACUACUACCCGCCUCCCCCCGGACACACCUACCUCUCGCCGGUGCUUGGGCUGCUGGCCUAUGAUGCUGUCAACCUUUCGGCAGUGGGGUUGCCGGAGCUGAACAUCGUCGCCUCAGGAAGCCCGAUUCUUGUAAAUUUCAGCAAUGCCAUGGCGGCGCCGUCAGGCGGCCCAGCACCACGGUGUGUGUGGUUUGACUUGGACGGUGUGCCGCAGUUCCGGGGCCCAGAGGCAGGCAACGUGUGUGCUACGUAUCGCCAAGGGCACUUCUCGAUAGUGGUGAACUCCAGUGAGGGUGCUCCGGCUCCAUUGCCACCCGGCGCAAUUGCCCCGCCGAUACCGGCUGCCGGAGGUCGCACGAAGGGGGACUCGCAGGCUUGGAAGGUUGCCGUUGCCGUGGUUGGGGGCGCCAUAGCAUUGGGGCUGUUAUCUUCAGUUCUUCUGUGUCUGGUGAGGCAUAAAAGGGCCAAGAAGUUGGAGGUGAUGGAGCGGAAUUCAGAGGUUGGGGAGACAUUGCGCAUGGCGCAGGUUGGGCGGGCACAAGCACCUGUAGCGUUGUGGACACGAACAAAGCCGGUGAUCGAGAGCGAGUAUGCUGCAUAGUUUGUUUUGUUCGAUUUUCUGCAGAGUUCAACCGUCACUAACAAGCAUCUAGUACUAUUUAUGCCCGGAGCCGGAGGCAUGGAAUUUGUCUAUCAGGUGGUUGAAGGUGGCAAGUGUUCCGUCGGUGUUGCUAAUUACUGAAGUCAGGGCUCAGCUCCUGCCCUUGUGUGCUAAGGCACUCUUUUGGUGGGUCUAUUUCGAAGGUUAAUUUUCAUUCGAUGGCUAUAAUUGGUAUUCAUAGUUGCCAUGUUCAUGCUAAGGACCUCUCUUCAUCUCCAAAACAAUGGAGAAGUGAAUUUAUCAAGUCAGAUUUGGAAUCCCGCAAACUUUUUUGGGACGCUGUAUUUCAGAGGAAGUAGGUUAGUGGUAAAGCUGGGUAACACUCACUGCAAACGACAUGGUCCUGUUUCUUUGAAAUUAAUUAUAGUUUGGGAUCAGUUCCAUUUUCGCCCUGUUUAGUUUUCCUGUUCAGACACCUGUUGAGAUGAUUACAUGAUAAUGUACAUGCCGUUUUGGUAAUUAUCCUGAUAACUUAGAUUUCAUGGUCACUUGUUUUAAGAUAUACAAUUUGUAUGUGGUGUGAA